GUCAUAACAUUUUUAUAAUUUUCUAUAUACUCCAUUGUAUCUAUACAUUCUAAGUACCAAAUACGUAUGAGAGUAUUGAUACAGUCGAUAAGAGAACAUGCAGGCAUUUAGUGGAAAUUUUUCGAUGGAACGACGUUGGCAUUAUUGAGCACGCGUGAGGCCGGAGCACCGGGCAGUUGUACGAAAAUGGCGGCUUUACGGCGAGUGUUUUGAAAAGUAUCUGUUCGUAUUUCGGGCGUUAAUAAUUCGCCAAUAUGGACAUCUCGAGUAUGCUCGAGGUUGAAGUGAAGGAGGUGAAGGAGGCAGAAAGUAAAGAAAACGUGACACCCGGAGCAGUCGUUCCUUCGAGUGCCUGCAUCCCACCCACCAUUUCUCAGGAGGAGAGCGAUUUUUACAAAUUACUGUUUGGCAAUGAUAUAGCUUCAGUGCGAUUUCGCAGGCUUCAUUGUACUGCUUGUGACAUUCAUAUUGGUUCAGCACCAGCUAGGGCUUGUGACAUGUUUGAACAUCCGGUAUUGCGUACUUUACUUUGUGCAAAAUGUCGCCAGUUUUACGGUGAUGGAACUUUUGAGCAAGGAGAGGAUGCAACAGAUAUGUUUUGUAGAUGGUGUGCUAAUGGUGGAAAUCUUUAUUGCUGCUCGUAUUGUAGUAAUACAUUCUGUUAUAAAUGUAUAAAGCGUAACUUCAAUUCCUCAGUAAGAAGGAAUAUUGAAGCAGAUGAAAAGUGGAAAUGUUUUGUGUGUGAUCCUCUGGAUCUUUAUACAUCAAGAGCAGUGUGUUGGGCUUUAUUACAGCACGUUCAAACGGUUACGCGAAUAUUACAAAACGACAAAAGAAUGCCAUUCUGGGAAGUACAAGAGAAGAUGCAUUUGGACGAGAGUCUUUGUUGUCCACGUAAACGGAAACGUAAACGUCGAAAAACCGGUUCGAAUUCGGAGGAUGAUGACGACAUUUUUACACCUGACGUUAGUACCGCAGCCGGGGCCUUCGUGAAACGAAAACCGGGCAUCAGUACCAUUCCUCCAAGGAUCAGAGUGAUAAAUGGCGCUGCGAAACGUACUCAAGUUCAUCGGCCAAUCAUGAUAAAAUCUAACCUCACUCAAAGCACUUCCCGUACGGGUUAUCUUCCUGAAGUGGACCGUACAAGCGAGGUUUCCAGCCCGUGCAACACUACAGCAUCCACAGCUGGUUCCCGAGUGCAAUCUCAAGUUGAUACCGGUACUAAUACUGGUAAACAAGACUCCAUCGUCGUUCCGCCCAUGGUGCCUUACAGAAGUACCAUGACCAUAAACGCAGUACCUACUGCAAAUUUACUCCAAUCGGUACCGAAAGUACCGAUCUUUAAUUCUACGUUUGAAAUGCCAGCGCUCUCAAGUACUAGUGAUCAGUCGUCUGUAGGAUUUCAUUCAUCCUUGCCUACGAUGUCGGCCUCUACUUUGACUUCAGUUUCCUCGUCAUCGUCGCAGCGUCGGUCGCAACCUCAACAGUCUAAUCAACAGGUUCAACUAUAUUCACCACGUUUCGUGAGACCACCGCGUUUUGCGCAACCGCCACGCCACUCACAACCACAUUUUCAGUAUCACUCACAAAGACAUCCGAAUCCUUUGCAACGUCCGUCACUACCACCAAGACUGGUACCCACAUCAUCACGAGGAAGGUUGACUUACCGUGGUGGUAAAAUGCCUAUGGUUUCAAUACCCAAUCGCAGUGAUGGAAGUCAAAAACGUGCACGCUUCCUUUUACCAAAACCGCAAACUCUCCCAAAUGUUACAGAUACCUGUACGAAUGUUAUAGAAAUCGACAGCGAUUCAGAUGAUGUGGAUAAUAAACUCAAAAGUAGUUCAAUGUUUGGACGAAGUUAUUCCAAACGUCGGAAUGGUCCUGAUGAUUUUGAAAAUGAUGGAACAGAGAAUCGGCCUGAAAAUCCUAUACGACUUCAUGGUCGUCAAAUAAAUAAAAUUUUCUAUAACUUAAAGGCCAGAUUGAGCAUAUUACUCAGUGAAGAUAACACGGAAAAAACUAUACACACAACGACAAGACGCUUUCACAAAGCUAUUCGCAAAACUAUAUCGAAAUUGGUAGAGGUAAAUUCUGACGUAAUUCGCGAAUACAAUGCAUACUGUAAGUCUACGGCUAACGAAGAGAAUCAGGACAAAGGGAAUAUGAAUAUUGUCAAGUCAAAGAAGGUACAACUUCCAUUGGAAAUGAAAUGCGUCAGGGAUUCUGCAUCGGAGUCAGAAGAUUCUAGUGAUAGCGAUGACACACAGCAGGACUUUGAAAAUUUGAAUAAACUUAUCGACAAUCCUACAACAAUCGCUUUUGAUUCGACUGAAAAGGUAGAUCAGUCAACAAUGUGCAGUCCUGUUCCGACUGCUGAUAAAUCGAUACAAGUGUACGACGUAAUUGCUCGCGAUUAUGAAAAGUGUAUAGGACAUUCGGUAUUGAAAAAAACCGAAAACUCUGAUAAUAAUGAGGAAAACGAAGUAUCAGAUAAUAGAAUUGAAUCCACUGCCACAACUAGUGGUGACAAUUCCGAAAAGUAUGCUGAAGAAUAUAUUUCCUUCCUUCAGCAUAUCGAAGAUCAUGGAAUUCAAACGGAGGAUACAAAAGGUCUAUUGAGUCCUGAUGAGAUUCCGUUACAGGAUAUGAUAAAGAGUUUCCCGGGAGAUUCUUCGACAUCCUUUGAAUAUGGAAACGACGGCUCCGAAAUGGCGAUCGAUGGUCUUGGGUCUACAUACAGAUUGAGAAGAUCAACCAGAUCGGUAGUAGAGAAAUCGUAUAAGGCCCGUGCUGAUUCUCGAAAUAGAUCGAAUAAAAAACGAAAGGGUAACCAAGAGCGACCCCGGAUAAAAGAAGAAGAGUCUGGUAAAAAAGACAGUCAAGUUAAGAAGGAAGUCCUUGAUAAAGAAGACAUGGAACUCGCGUUGAGAAUGCAGUCCAGGAAAUUGAGUACAUGCGACGCGAGUGAGAAGCCCGCUGGAAGUGAAGAUGAGUGCACGAUCAUUGAAUGAUUGUAGAGAAAAGUCAUGGAAAAUUUGUAGAACAAAUCGUCAUACGAUUUUAUUGAAGAAAUCAAAGAAACGAGUGGAACAAGGAGUAACAGAAAAUAAAUGGCGAAUAAGAAAAAGAAAAAAUUAUGUCAGUGACGUCGAUUAUUCGUUAAUGCGGCAAAGACGCUUUAUAGUAUAACGAUUUGACUGCGUUCAGUGUCAUGAUAAUUUUCACUUUUUUACGGCGUCCCAGCACGUCGGAGUCUCAUCAGUUAAAAAGAGAAUAUUGAUUACCACGAGUGUCUCUUGCGACUUAGGAGCCGCUGUUUAUGUAACACGACGAAUUGUUAUCAAUUAUGGUUAAUUGGCCGAACUAUGUCGCAUCCUUUUUGUUAUUGUCAUGUAUGUACAUUGUCUACCCUAAUGCUAUUGAUGGUGCGGUCUUUUUUUUGGGUACCCACUAUACUAUAAUAAACAGCAAAAUGAUUCAGGCAUCCGAAGAAUUGUAAUGAAUUUGCAAAUGGCGUUCAUGCAAUAAAUGCAGUUAUAUAAUUGCAAAAUACACUCUGCGUGUUACAGUAUAAAUAUUAGACUGGUCAUUGAACCUUUAGUUACUUGAUCACAGUACAAUACAGAAAACAUUGUUUUUCUCAAAGUUUUUGUUAUUUUUUACAAAUACUUAUUCAUAGUUCUGUGUUGUCACAUUCAUUCCACUUUAUUUGUUUAUUUGAAUCGUUUUUUUUAUCACAUUUACUCUGGCAGCCAAUUAAUUUGAUUCAGUUAAUGAAGCAAUGAACAAAAAGUGUUACUAACAAAUUGGUAGUAUACAUGGGGUUAUUAUUGUAUACAUUUAUUGAUCGAAUCCGUAAAAAAAGGAGUACGGUAAAAGUUUACAUUUAUUUUUCCUUUUAUAUUGACUUUGUUUUUCCUACCCGGCUAUUAGAUUUCAGGAUUAAAGGGAAACAAUAGUGUCGAGUGACGAUGAAUUUACGAAAUGUUUUUUUUUUCUUUGACUUAUUUAUCACUACGCCGACAGUAAUACGCAAAGGGACGCGGAUGGCUAUUUGAUCGCUUAUAUUAUAAUUAUAUAUCUGGCAGGACUUACGAUGUACAUACUUUGAAAAUCAUGUAAAUUAUAUGAAUAAUCAUUAUAAAGA